CACGUCACUGGCAACCAUUCAAACUAGUCUUGAGAUCAACGUUGCAAUGGAGAUGUGAUCGCUAGCGACAAUGUCUGUCCUCGCUAAAUUGUUGCCCUCAAACGUAACUAGAAGUUGUCUUCCAUGUUUACAGUUUACAUUUCCUAACAGAUGCAUUGGACAACAUGCGCGAGAUUACAUGAUUUUUUAGACUUGUAAUAUUCGGUUGCUCAUGAUAGCGGAUAUUUGCGCUAAAGAUGGUGCAACAAAUGCAUGAAGCAAGAAAGCUAACGGAAAAACUUUAGAGAGCGUUCGGACCAGGGACAUUGAACUAUGGAGAGCCCAAUGUUUUCGAAGUACUCAUGGCUUGAUUUUCUUUUCUCGGUAGUCGGUGUGUGUACUUUCUUGUUUGACGUGGGAUCCGACAUUUGGGUCGCUACGGAGUUCUACUCGCGUGGGGAUUUCUUCUGGUUCGGAGUGUUGAUCGGCCUCAUGGUCCUGUCUUCGGUCGUGGUCCAGAUGUUUAGCUGGUUCUGGUUCAAAUACGACCGGGAGCUGGAGGGAUUCGAUGAGCAAACUGCCAAGAAUGUCCUCUUGGGAGGCUGCAUCAAACUUUCAUUCCUGCUACAUGUACUUCAGCUCGGAUUUUUUUGCAGACACAUCUCAGCCAUAUGGCAGGGCUUCUGUGUGUGGUGGCGGAGGGAGCAGGGCUCGGGGUUCGCCGUGUACCUGACCCACGACCUGAGCAUGCUGCGCCUCAUCGAGACCUUCUGUGAGAGCGCACCGCAGCUCACCCUCAUGACCCACAUCAUGCUGCACACCAACAAGGCCAGGACGGUACAGUGUGUGAGUGUCGUGGCGUCAACUACUUCCAUAGCCUGGAUGGUGGUGGACUACCACCGCUCCCUGCGUUCCUUCCUCCCAGACAAGGCCAAGCAGGGCUGGGGCUCCGCCUUGGUCUACUUCCUGUGGAACCUGCUUCUCAUCGCCCCGCGCGUGGCAUCAGUCGCCCUCUUCGCCACAGUCCUGCCCUCCUACGUGGCCGCCCACUUCCUGCUUAUCUGGCCAGUGCUGGUGUUCUGGGUGUGGUGUCAGGAGACAGACUUCAUGGACAGCGCCGGCGGAGAAUGGCUCUACCGGGCCACCGUAGGUCUCAUCUGGUACUUCAGCUGGUUCAACGUGGCGGAGGGAGGGACCAGAGGGAGGAGCAUCAUCUAUCACUCCUUCAUGGCCACGGACGGCGGGAUCCUGCUGGUCACAUGGUGGUUCUACAGAGACCCGGUCCUGACGCAGUCCUACGCCCCCAUCCUGCUGGCCACUCUGCCCCUCACCUACCUGAUGGGGGUCCUGUUUAAAACCCUCUACUACUGCUGUUUUCACCCCACGCUGUGGAGGCCCCCCGUCAGGGAGGCAGUGGUAGGAGAGGAGCUGCCUGAUGGUCAGGAGGUGGUGUUCAGAACCGUCACCCCCGAGGCUAGUAGUCCCCAGUUCCAUAACAAGAGGAUGGCAAGCCAUGCCACUCACUUCUACUCCGAGGAGCAAACCAGGAAGCUCAGUAAGACGAACGGGCGCGAGGCCAACACUGUUGUCUGACUGGAUGUGCUUGAACUAGACUCUUAUUUACAUGCGAUUUAUGUUUUUCAUGCUGUAUUUUUUGUAUAAAUAAAGCGCUGCACAACUCAUUGUAAACCAGACUUUAUGUUACAAUUAGCAUAUUCUGGGAAACAGUGAUAAGCUCAGAGGUUUCGUUGCAAAUGGCACCUUAUUCCCUAUAUAGUGCACAACUUUUGUCCAGGGCCCAUAGGGAUCUGAUUUAAAGUAGUGCACUAUCUAGGGAAUAGGGUGCCAUUUGGGUCGGAGGUUACAUUGAUCGAAAUUACAGUUGUUAGGAAACAGCUGUAAACAGCUGAAAAACUUGAUUUCACCUAAUUGUAAUAUUCUUUCAUAAAUAAAGAAAUGACUUAUAGUGACUGCCUAUUAAGUGCCAAAUAAAGUAACAGGGUUGACCGUAACAGGGUUGACCGUAACAUGUUUGACUAUUUCAUCUUAAAUCAGCCAUAAAUCCCCUUGUGACAGGGGGAAUGGAAGCUUGGUGUGUGCAACAGGGAGGGGUAAUUGAUUGCAAACUUCACAGAACUAUCUAAAUUGUUAAAACAUUUCUAGCCUGUCAACCCUGUUACCAAUAGAUAGACGUGUUAUACUUGACCUGCUCCGUUUUCCACCACAAAACACCAGAAAAUGGCCAAAAAGAGUAGAACUAGCUCACCUGCAUUUACACUAUGAUUUGA